AAACAUAGGCUAAAAGGUGAUGGAGGAUGGAAUUGGAGGGCUGAGACACAUGUUGACGACGGUCUUCUUUUCUGCCUUCGCCGGAUUCAUGGUAGUACCUGUGAUUACCGAUGUUACCGUCGCCGCCGUGUGUUCUGGCCCAGACGACUCAUGUUCUCUAGCCGUUUACCUCACUGGUUUCCAACAAGUGGCGAUAGGGAUGGGGACAAUGAUAAUGAUGCCAGUAAUUGGGAAUCUAUCAGACAGAUACGGGAUUAAAACAAUCCUCACACUUCCUAUGUGUCUCUCCAUUGUUCCUCCUGUAAUUUUAGGAUACAGAAGAGAUACAAAAUUCUUCUAUGUGUAUUAUAUAAGCAAGAUUCUGACCGCUAUGGUAUGUGAAGGCACCAUUGACUGUCUCGCUAAUGCAUAUGUGGCAGUAAAUAUUCAUGGCAGUACAAGAAUUUCAGCUUUUGGUAUUUUAGCUGGUAUCAAAACAAUUGCUGGACUUUUUGGAACAUUAGUCGCUCGUUUUCUACCCAUAGCUUUGACUUUUCAGGUUUCUGCUAUAUCAUUUCUCGUUGGCCUAGUGUACAUGAGAGUUUUCCUACAAGAAAAUAUAUACGAUGAUGAUCAUCAUCAUGGUACGUAUCAUCAAGAGGAUCAUCAUGACAGUACUAAUGCCACAAUGUUAGCAGAGCCGAUUCUGAACGAGACACCCAUUAAAACACAAGUCUUUCGCAAGAAAUAUUCUUCACUGAAAGAUAUGAUCAGCUUGAUUAAGACUAGCACUAUAUUCUUUCAAGCAUUGGUUGUUACAUUCUUCAGCAGCUUUUCAGAUAGUGGAAUGGAGUCUGCUUUCUUGUACUUUUUGAAAGCACGUUUUGGAUUUGACAAGAAACAGUUUGCUGAUCUCUUGCUGUUGAUUACCAUCGUUGGGUCUAUCUCUCAAUUGUUUGUACUGCCAAGAUUUGCAUCUGCCAUUGGAGAACGCAAGCUUUUAUCAACAGGGCUUUUUAUAGAAUUCAUAAACAUGGCCAUUGUCAGCAUUUCUUGGGCACCAUGGGUUCCUUAUCUCAUUACUCUGUUUGUACCUGGAGCCUUAUUUGUGAUGCCAUCGGUUUGUGGUAUUGCCUCAAGACAAGUUGGUCCUGGUGAACAGGGAAAAGUGCAAGGAUGCAUAUCUGGAGUGAGGUCCUUUGGCAAAGUAGUGGCACCAUUUGUGUUCAGUCCAUUGACAGCAUUGUUUCUCUCGGACAAUGCACCGUUCUAUUUCCCUGGAUUCAGCCUUCUUUGUAUCUCCUUGUCGUCGUUGAUCGGGUUCUUUCAGAGUCUACUGAUUAAAGAUGUUCCUACUCCACCCUUAAACAAAGCAAUCAACAAAACAUCAGAGGAAGAAGUGUGAUUAUAUGAAAUUCAUCAUGUAUAAAUGAGAAGAGUGUAU